AUGUUGAGACUCUCCCGUGCCGCUUUGGCCCUCCGCACACGCACGCUCCGCCCACAAUUGCGUCCCGUUGUGGCCGUUUCCCGUUUCAGCCAACUUGCCCAUGUAAAAGUGCCUCCAACGCUCACCAAUGAACCAGUGAAGGAAUUCAAUGCCACACAGCAGAAGGACUGGGAUCUUCUACGUGCUUCCAUCACCAAAUAUUCCGACGACGUGUUGGAUAUUCCGUUGGUGAUCAAUGGCGAGAGAAUCUACAAGAGAAGCUCCAAAACGCAGGUGAACCCGGCAAAACACUCGCACGUGUUGGCCAACGUUGCACAGGCUACCCCAGAAGAUGUGGAGGCUGCAAUUAAGGCCUCCGGCGCCGCUAAGGCCAAGUGGGCCUCGAUGCCCUGGACUGACCGUGCUGCCAUCUUUCUUAAGGCUGCAGACUUGAUCAGUACCAAAUAUAGAUACGACAUGUUGGCCGCCACGAUGCUUGGCCAAGGUAAGAACGUGUACCAGGCCGAGAUCGACUCUGUGGCCGAGUUGGCCGACUUUUUCCGCUUCAACGUCAAGUACGCUGAGGAAUUGUACUCGCAACAGCCCAUCGAGUCUUCGCCAGGGGUGUGGAACAGAGCCGAAUACCGCCCUCUUGAGGGUUUCGUGUACGCCGUGACGCCAUUCAAUUUCACCGCCAUUGCCGGUAACUUGGUCGGCGCUCCAGCCUUGAUGGGUAACACUGUGGUGUGGAAACCUUCCGACACCGCCGUGCUCUCCAACUAUCUUCUUCUCACCAUCUUGGAGGAGGCUGGUCUCCCCGCUGGUGUUGUCAACUUCGUCCCUGGUAACCCGGUCGAGGUGACAGAUGUGGUCACAGGCCACAAGGACUUCUCUUCUUUGCACUUCACUGGUUCGACCAAGGUGUUCAAAUCAUUGUAUGGCCGUAUCGCCGGAAACUUGGCCAACGACGUCUACAGAGACUAUCCCCGUAUUGUGGGUGAAACCGGUGGAAAGAACUUCCACUUGGUGCACGAGUCCGCUGCUGUGGACCACGCUGUGUUGUCCACCUUGAGAGGCGCCUUCGAAUUCCAGGGACAGAAGUGUUCUGCCACAUCCCGUGUCUAUGUUCCUCAAUCCAUGUGGCCUGAGUUCAAGCAAAAGCUCUCUAGCGCCAUGCAAUCCAUCACUGUCGGCAACACCACGGAUCCAGACUUGUUGAACAACUUCAUGGGUCCAGUGAUUCACGAGCAAUCUUUUGAGAAGUUGCUGUCUGUACUUGAGCAAGCCAAGAACGACCCAGAGUUGACUAUCGUACAAGGUGGUAAUACCGACAAAUCGGUUGGCUUCUAUGUCCAGCCAACUUUGAUCGAGGCUUCUUCUCCAGACCAUGAGUUCUUCUCCACCGAGUUCUUCGGACCUAUUUUGACCGCAUAUGCUUAUCCUGAUGCUGAGUUCGCCUCCAUCAUGGAAAAGAUCGACACUGCCAGUCAGUAUGGUUUGACUGGCUCAAUCUUUGCCCGUGACCGUACUGCUGUGAGAUUGGCAGAGGAGAAGUUGCGUUACAGCGCAGGUAAUUUCUACAUCAAUGACAAGUCUACCGGAGCCGUAGUUGGCCAGCAAUGGUUCGGUGGUGGAAGAAUGUCUGGUACUAACGACAAGGCUGGUUCCGGUAACAUUUUGACUAGAUUUGUAUCUAUCAGAAGCGUCAAAGAGAACUUCUACGAGUUGACCGACUACAAGUACCCAUCCAACUACAACUAA